GUUCCCACGCGUGUUAAACACUUCACGCGCAGUGCCACCGUUGCUUGGAAUCUUACUGUACAUGGCUCAUCAUGCUGAAAAUGACUCUGAAGGUCGUCACUCAUACAUACCGGUGGAAUCAAGCUUCAGGGAGAGUGACCACGGCGAAUCCUCCUUUCAUAUUGCGUCGCUUGCAGAGAAACAGCGGAUAUGGUGGAGAACUGCCAUCAUCAAUACAUGCUUCAUAGCUUCGUGGUAUAUAUUCGCAACCCUACUGUCUUUGUACAACAAGUGGAUGUUUUCGCCAGACCUUUUUGGAUUUCCGUACCCGCUCUUCGUGACUACCUUGCACAUGAUUAUUCAGUUUAUCUUGGCUGCUGCUCUUCGGAUCUGUUUCUCGCAUCAUUUCCGGCCAGAGAGAAGCCCUUCGGUAAAAGACUAUGGCAAGAAAGCAGUUCCUACUGCCAUUGCUACCGGUCUCGAUAUUGGUCUGUCGAACCUAUCACUCAAGACUAUUACCCUAUCAUUCUAUACAAUGUGCAAGUCAUCUUCUCUCAUCUUCGUGUUGUCCUUUGCAUUUUUCUUCCGUCUGGAAGUGUUCUCUCUGCGACUCGUCGCUGUCAUCCUUCUCAUUUUUGGUGGGGUGAUUCUUAUGGUUGCUUCUGAAACGGCCUUCGUUCUUCCCGGGUUUUUACUUGUGAUGACCGCCAGUGCAUGUGGGGGUCUACGUUGGAGCCUUACGCAACUGCUCCUGAAGAACAAGAAUAUGGGUCUAGAUAAUCCUGCAGCUACCAUAUUCUGGUUGGCUCCUACAAUAGGCGCCACGACAGCUCUUCUUAGCGCCAUCUGGGAGGGGUGGUUUACCAUAUACGCUUCGCCAUUCUUUCAGGACAUGGCCUCCACUCUUCGUUCGGGCCUGUUCUUGGUCGCGCCCGGUAUUUUGGCUUUUUGUAUGGUCAUGAGUGAAUACUAUAUAAUCCAACGGGCCGGAGUCUUGCCAAUGUCAAUAGCAGGCAUAGCCAAAGAAGUGUCGACCAUUACAAUUUCGGCUUGGUUUUUCGGAGACACGCUUACGCCACUCAAUAUAACCGGCGUAGGUAUCACAGUUUGCGGGAUUGCCCUUUUUACGUUUCACAAGUACCGCGAUUCCAUUGAUGGUAGACUAUCAGUGGACGCGCAGGGGAACAUGGUAGCGAUUAACGACGAAGAUGUGGGUGACUCGUCAGAUUCUGUGCACGGGGUCAACUUUGAGCUUAGUGCUGCUAAUCUCGGACGUCGAGACGAUGGUCAUUUUGCGCAUCAGGGGUCUGUUGAUAACGACGCGCAUCAGCGCCUGCUUUUUUCCACCGAUCAUGACGAUUCGGAUGAUCAUCAUGAAGGCGAAGAAGAUGCCGAACUAGUCCGGAGUAUUCAGUUCUCUAAGUUCAAUUGGGAGGCUGAAAGAGGU